ACAUGCAGUAUCGCGAGAAACCAGUCCUAUUACACUUUAUUUGCGCAUGCGCUGUCGUGCCAGUCUGACCUUCAUAGAUCUGAACAUGUUCGCCAGGACCAGCGCGACUGUGUUCCUCCCACAAUGUGGGCAGGUCAGGACCAUGGCUACCUUGAAGGACAUCACCCUCCGACUCAAGUCCGUCAAGAACAUUCAGAAAAUCACCAAAUCCAUGAAGAUGGUAGCCGCAGCCAAGUAUGCCAGAGCUGAGCGAGCACUCAAGCCAGCUCGUGUGUAUGGCACUGGUUCUCUUGCCCUGUAUGAAAAGGCCGAGAUCAAGGCCCCCGAGGACAAGACCAAGCAUCUGCUCAUCGGUGUGACCUCUGACCGUGGUCUCUGUGGAGCCAUCCACACCUCUGUGGCUAAGAACAUCAAGCUCCAGAUCGCCAACCUGACCGCCAGUGGUAAAGAGGUGAUGGUGGUCAACGUGGGCGACAAGCUCAGGGGCCUGCUCCACAAGGCUUAUGGCAGUCACAUCCUGCUGAACUGUAAGGAGGUCGGCCGCAAGCCCCCCACCUUCACAGACGCCUCCAUUAUUGCUACCGAGCUGAUCAACUCUGGUUACGAGUACGACUCGGGCUCCGUCAUCUACAACAAAUUCAGGUCUGUCAUUUCCUACAAGACCUCCGAGGCACCCGUGUUCUCCAUUGAGACCGUGGCCAACGCAGAGACUAUGGGCAUCUAUGAUGACAUUGAUGCUGAUGUUCUGAGGAACUACCAGGAGUUUGCUCUGGUCAACCUCAUCUACUUCAGCCUCAAGGAGUCCUCCUGCAGUGAGCAGAGCGCCAGGAUGGGUUCUAUGGAUGCUGCCAGCAAGAACGCUGGUGAGAUGAUUGACAAGCUGACCCUGACCUUCAACCGUACCCGCCAAGCUGUCAUCACCAGGGAGCUCAUCGAGAUCAUCUCCGGUGCUGCUGCUCUGACCUGAGAGAUAAGUGGACAACCAGCCCCACCGUCUGCGUGGUCCUGGCGUUCAUCCCUCCAGUACUUCAUUCAGCUGGUCUCUACAGUUUAUGGACAUACGUGAUUCUAUUUGUACAAUAUCUGUUAACAUAAAUAAACUCCUCUUACAGAGAAAUGUUCCCAUUGGUGUGUUGCGCCUCGUCACCUUGAGGUACUUUGAAAAUAGAUAAAUGUUUUAUCUGAAUACCAAAAUAUUAAAAAUGUCUCUACACCG